AUGAAGCUCAUCAAGGCUGCAGGUUUGAUUAAAACUGUUACUCAUUUUUCAAAGUGUUAUGAAAUGCUGGUGAAGGAAUUUAUUGUGAAUUUGUCUCAAGAUUGUGGUGAUGGAACAACUGAUGAUUUUCAUAAGGUGUAUGUUAGAAGAAAGUGCAUAGAUUUUUCCCUUGCUGUUAUCAACCUAUAUCUAGGUAGAGAUGCUGAGGCUCAACCUGAGCUUGAAGUGACUGAUAAUGAGGUUUGCAAGGUAAUCACUGGUGGUAAGGUUAAGAAGUGGCCCAUAAAGAGCAAACUGUCUGCUAGUUCUCUUAAUGUCAGGUAUGCAUUGCUGCACAAAAUUGGUGCUGCUAACUGGGUGCCUACCAAUCACACUUCCACCAUUGCUGUUGCCCUAGGAAGAUUCAUAUAUGUUGUGGGAACCAAGACAAAAUUUGACUAUGGGACCUACAUAUUUGAUCAAACUAUGAGGCAUGUUGGUACCUCUGCUACCAAGCUUCCCAUUGCUUUCCCAUCUCUGAUAUGUGGAAUAAUCCUCAAGCAACACCCUGGAAUUCUGAAAAGUAAAGAUUCUGUAUGUAAGAGGGAGAGUGCUUUGUCUUUUCACUACAAGCUGCUGCAGAGGUCUGAUGACAAGACAUCUGCUGGGACAUCACAACCCAGCAAAUCUGUGAACAAAGCUCUUCUUAUUGCUGAGCUAAAAGAGACUUGUCAAGAGUUGGACAACAGGAAGCUGAAACUUGAAAAUCUCAUCCACAGUCUUGAGCAGUCUACAGAUGAUGAUCUUGCUGGUGAAAAGGGUGGUGACAAUAUGGAUGAAGACAAAGAGGCUGAGGAAGAAGCUGAGGAAGAGGCUGAGGGUGCUGAGAGUGGGAGUAGUGAUGCUGCUGAAUGGACUAGUAGCUCAAGUGAUGACAAUCUUGGUGGCUCUAGUGAUGAAGACAGUGAUGGGUCUGAUGAUUAG